AUGACACGUGCGGAAUGUGUGACAGGUUACGCCGAUUAUACGGUAAAGCAAUAUUUCAAAGUCUGGACAACUGAUAUUCCCGCUUUCUCUAUAAAAACAGGAGUGGUUAAUUUGGAUACCUUGUUGCCUGUUCAUACCUCCUUAAUUGAUGAUGUUGCUCGGAUGGAGGAUGUAUAUGAUGUCAUGUCAAAAGAGGAAAUCUGGCGUCAUAGAGCUGGAAUUGCUUCAGAUAUUGUCAGAAACAUGCCUUCCUUUAUGUCAAUAGAUGCAGAAGUGUAG